CUUCCACAAAUAAUCCAAAAAACAGAAAUUUCUAGUAAAUUUCCCCUUAAUUACUUCAAUCUUCAACCAAAAGAACAAAAAACAAGUGAAAAUCUUAGCAAAUCUCAGUGUACAUGAGAUGUAGCAGUGUGAGGAAAAAAAAAUCCAAGAAAAGGAUUCCAAUUUUCUUGUUUUUUCCAGUAAGAUACUCUAUUCAUCAUCUUUCAUAGUUUCUUGAAAAUCUUAAUGUAUUGUAUAUAGAAUCCAAGAAAAGGGUCAUAAGAAUCUUGGUUUUUUUCUUUUAAAAAAAUCGUAGUUUCUUGAAAAUUUUAAGGUAUUGUUGAAUUCAAGAAAUGGGAAUAUCAUAUUCUUGAUUUCUUGUUACCUUAAAAAAAGUAGUUAUUCUUUUUUUUGUUGUUGUUCUUCCCUCUUGUUUUAUUUGAUGGCUUUUUUUGGUAGGAAGAUGCUAGAAAAAACUCCAUUUGAUAUAGAAAAAAAUGUUAAAUGUUUAAGUUGUACAACAUCUGAUUGUCAUAAUGAUUGUGGUGACGUUGUUGUAUAUGUUCCUAGUGAUGGUCCAUUUUUUACUCCCCCUCCUCCUCCUACUAUACCUCAUGUCACAAGUGAAAAAUAUCAUAUGCCCUUUUAUUUUAUCUUAAUGCUUUGUGUCUUAGGGGCUUUUUUUGUGUUCAUAUGUUAUAUCAUUAUACUUAAGAGGAACAGGUCCAAUUCAAGAUCAAUUAGGAGAAAUGUUUCACAAUUUGAUGAAAAUAGAGAGGAUUUUGUUAUAGAUGAGAAUUUGGGGCCAAUUUUGGAUCAUCCAAUUUGGUAUAUUCGUACUGUGGGACUUGGAGAAGAUGUUAUUGAUUCAAUUUCAGUGUUCAAGUUCAAAAAAGAAGAGUUUUUGAUUGAAGGGACUGAUUGUUCUGUUUGUUUGACUGAAUUUGAGGAAGAUGAGAGUUUAAGGUUGUUGCCUAAAUGUAGUCAUGCUUUUCAUAUUCCUUGUAUUGAUACUUGGUUAAGGUCACACAAGAAUUGUCCAUUGUGUCGUGCUCCUAUAGUCUCUGAUAUGGAAAAUUCCCCUGGAAUGGAUCACGUUGUGGAAGUUGUAUCGAGUGUAGGUGAUGAUGAUUCUAGUCCAAAUGAAGUGAUCGAAGGGAAUGAUAGGUUGGAAAAUCUUGAAUUGGAUGAAGAGGGGAAUGAAGAAACGAGGCGUGGAGUAGUUGAAAAUCUUGAUGAUGAGGAGGGGAGAUCAACGAUGGACCUAUCCAUGAAAAUUCCACGUCUUCUUGAUGGAAGGAGGAAAGGGGUUCGUGUUUUUAGUGAUUUGGUUGAUCAGCAUAGAGUGAAAAUGAACAACAAUGAAGUGCAGCCAGCACGAAGAUCGGUCUCAAUGGAUUCCUCUGCUGCUCAAGUGAUUCACCUCGCGAUGAACGAGAUGAAUUCGAGGAAAAUGGAUCAAGGGUGUUCGAGUUCGAAGAGAGGAGAUAAAAAUUCAAGUUUGUAUAAAGCAAUGAAGAGUUCUUCCUUUGGACGUUCAUUGCAAAAUGUGCCUAUUAGUAUGAAGAGGUCUUUUUCUACUAGUGGAAAGUGUUCAUUGCAAACAAUGUAAGAACAUUUCACUUUGGUUCUUGAAUUCUUCAAGUUGGGUUCAAGAAUUUCCCAUAUAUAUAUAUAUGAACCAUAUAUGAAAAUGUAAAGUGUAAAAGUAAUGUUCCACAUAAAGGACUUGGAAAUAAAUGAAUUGAGCUAUAAUUCAAUGGUUACACAAGCUACUAUGUAUUA